AUGACUGAAGGUUUUCAAAUGAAUACUCCUGCAACAAUGGGCGAAGAUUCGUGCUCCUCGGACGAGUGCGAACAACAACGAGCGCCCGCUCUCCGGCCUUGUCAGAUGACCCGCGACGAAUAUAUUCAAAAAUGCGAAGAAAUUAUCGGCGAUGGAAAUAAGAAAUUCGAGCCCUAUAUGGGAUAUCGACUUUGGAAAGUUGCAGGAGGCGACAACUUUUUUAUUCCAGCGUCGACUCUUGCCGAAAUAAUCAAACGAAAAAAUCUCAAGGUGCCGCGUAAACUUCGAGAUAGAAUUCGUUCUGGCGAAAAUUUCGAUAAUUUUACGAUCAUGAUAAACAAACGGGAUUAUAAUUAUUAUGGAUCUACCGUCAAUAAUGAUCCUCAUUUGAUGCUUUUGCGUCGAGAACUACGAUCUACCACUCAAAUGCGCGAAGAAGAAGAAAAAAAGGCGGCUCGGAGACUUCUGAAAAGCGCCGAAAACGACUCAUCUGGAAGCGACAAUGAGACCGAAAAGAAAGCCGAAGACAAAAAGUGA